AUGUCCUUCAACCCGACGCCCCCGCAGCCCUUCAUAGGCCUGUGGAAGAACCACGCCGAUGGCGGCCAGUUGACGCUGACCCUGGAGGAGACCCAGGCCGGGCUACUGUCCUCGUUCCUCGUCAUCUUCGCCGGUAUCUCCGCCCUGGCCGGGUGGAACAUUGUGCGCUUCGCCCUCCACCAGUUCCGCACCGUAGGCAACACCCACGACGGCAUGCACCACCAGAUCCAGGCCAUCCUGCGCAACAGCACCGGCCUCGUCCACGCCCUCCAACUCAUCUUCCAGGUCGCCAACGCCUGGCGCGCCCGCCUCGGCUUCGCCCGCGUCGCCCAGCGCCUCUCCGGCAUCUUCCUCGUUGCCUUCAUCUUCUUCGUCGCCACCACCUUUGCCCAGCUCUUCGUCUCCUUCACCUGGUCCACCGCCGGCGCCCAGUUCCUCGUCCAGAGCAGCUCCUGCAACGUCUUCCUGCCCGACGUCCCCACCGAACGCCUCCGCUCUGACCAGGCCGAGUAUAUCUACCUCAAGAGCCGCCUCGAGGCCGCCAUGAUGUACGAGCGCCUGUGCUACUCGGCCGGCGCCGACGUCUCCGCCCCCGAGUGCUCCCGCUUUCCCGUGCCCGUGAUCGAGAUUGAAGAGCAGGACAUUCCCUGCCCCUUCCCGGACUCGUCUCUUUGCAUCACCACCAAUAGCGUGCCCGUCCGUUUCGUCGCAACCGUCAACUCGAAUCGCCACCUCGGUAUCAACGCCGAUGCGCGAGACACCAUCAUUUAUAGGCGCACCGCCGAGUGCUCGCCUAUUCAGAGCGACCACACCAUCCGCAGGGCCGACGCCACGGCCUUCAUGUACGGCCCUUUUGCCCAAAACGAAGAGACCUUUUUGUACUCGGAUACUCUUCGAUCCGUCGACAACUAUCGUAUUGAGCCCUAUGUUUAUGACUCCGCCUCGGCUGCCGAGGGCCUAAUCGGAUGGAUGGCCAACACAACCCUCAUCGGCCCGCCCGCCGAGGCCAACAACACCGCCUCCAUCUUCUUCAUCCAAACCAACAACGUGACCAACGUGGUCCUCGCCUGCCGGGAAGAGCACGAGUUCUGCAACCCCAGCGUGCCGGGCAUGGGCGGCUGCCGCAAGUUCACCCCCAACGACCUCGUGUGGGAGUUCCUCACCCCGAUCGCCAUGAACGACCGCCAGGCCAGCACCGCCAUGCGCGUGGCCAUCAACCUCCUGCGCCAGGACAUCGCCCAGGUCGUCGGCUACGCCCCCGGCGACAUCGUCAUGGCCGGCAAGACCGUGCUCUACGGCGAGCAGUACGACAACCUCCCCGUCGAUCAGUGGCGCCGAGAGGUGCGCCGCUGGUUCGCCAUGGCCCUGUACCUCCUCCAGUCCGACGCCCGCAUCCGCAACGCCGACGGCGUGCGCAACUUCAACUUCCUCGCCAUCGUCCUCAUCAUGUCCGUUGGCUUCAUCGUCAUCAUCGUCGCCAGCUUCGUCGAGCCCCUCGUCGCCCUCUUCCGGCGCAUGUCCGGCCACGGAGACGAGCGUAUGCUCACCUGGGUGUUUGACGGCGUCUUCCAACUUCAGAGGUUAGCUUAUGGCGCCGUCGGUGUGGAGAAGUGGGAGCCCGGCGUCGCCGACGUGCCCACCACGGACGAGAAGGAGUGGCCCGUCAUCGAUCUCAAGGUUGUCGCGACAGCGGAUUCCGUAUAUGAGUUGGAUAUGAGCCCCGUUUCUAGGACGGGGCCCAUCACGCCCAUCACCCCGGUUCAAAGAACAGCCCCAGUCGGCAAUGAGAACCACGGUAUCCUCGAAUACCAGUUCACGAUGACCCUCAAGUAUCUGUACCUCGUCGCCUGUUUCCACAUCCCAGAUCCGAGCUUCACUAUGACCCUCAAGAAUCUGUACCUCAUCGCCUGUUACCACAUCCCAGAUCCGAGCUGUGCUAUCCUCAGAGCCAGAAGCAAGGAGUUUGCCAUCACUUGA